GUAGCAAACCGCUUAAUUCGUCUGACAGUGUGCGCAAAUCAACUUUGGUGCUAGCAUGUUUAUUAAACCAACGUUCGCGGUCACUGACGGCCGUGUAGCUCCAAGAAACACUAGUAAUCCUGUCCGACAGAAGCGGAUGUCGAUAAAAUCAGAUUCAAACUACAGAAAGCGACGGAAAUUUGAAACCCCGGAAAGCCCUAAUUCGCCGUCACAGUCAAUUUCACACGUUAAACAAAUCAAACAUAAUGUUUCAACGUUCACCAUUCCUGGCAUGGUUUUGUUUUUUGGUGUUGGGGAUACUGGUCAACUUGGAUUGGGACCAGAUGUGACAGAGCGUUCGAGGCCUGCUCGUCCUAGCGUUGAAAGCAUUAACGCGUUGCAAAUAACUGAGGAAAAGUCUCUAACCCAUUUCACACAAAUAUGCUGUGGUGGCAUGCAUUCAGUCUGCUUAACUGUAUGUGGCCGCGUCGCAACAUGUGGCUGCAACGAUGAAGGAGCUUUAGGAAGACCAACGAAUUCGGAAGCGAGAGCAACUGAUUCAACUGACAAUGGUUCAUAUCCCAUUGUAGAUGAAUGUCAUCUUGGGUUGGUACCAUUCCCGACCAAAGUGGAAAUAGUAAUGGUUUCUGCUGGUGACAGUCAUACGGCAGCCUUAGAUAGCAAUGGUCAAGUGUGGUUAUGGGGAACAUUUCGAGGUUCAAGUGGUCCUAUUGGUCUAACACAACCCGGAGAGAUUUGUGCAACACCCCGUCCUUUACUAGCUCAUCCUAUGAAUGGUUCUGCUGAAGGUUACGAGAGUAGUUCAGGCAGUGAUUACAAACGAGCGCCUCGGUUCACGAAUUCAGCACUUUUAAGUCCUAGUGCACGUGUGAUCAAAAUUGCUUCUGGACAAGACCACUUAGUCUGUCUGACUGAUGAAGGUCGUUUGUACACAAUGGGAUGUGCUGAGCAAGGUCAGUUGGGUCGAGUUGCAGAACGAUUUGCGAAGGAUGGUGGCCGUUCGGGAAUAAGUUCUUUACUCCAACCUACUGAGUGCCGAGUUCGUGGAGCUGUCCGUUUUUCUGAUGUAUGGGCGGGAGGCUUUGCUACGUUUGCUCGUUGUCAGAUGACUGGUGCUGUGUAUGCAUGUGGUUUAAACAACUAUGGUCAGCUGGCUUUGCGGGAUACAACUGGUCAUGGAAGGUCUCUCAAUCCUAACCUCACAGAGGAGUCUGUGGAAAUAGAAUUGAGUAUGGCCGAAGAUGCUGCAAGGUUGGUAAAUGAUAGUCAAGAAGCUGAUAGAUCAGAAGCUCAACUGAUAGCUAGACAGGGUCCUCUUAUUCAGUUUAUGUUAACGCGAGCAUUUGGAUUCGAUCCGGAACAAAAGUGGCAACAGUUUGCAAUCGGUAUGCAUCACACACUGGCUUUAAACAAUCUUGGUCAUGUUUAUACUGUCGGUCGACCUGAUUACGGUCGUCUAGGUUUGGGGUGUGAUUUAAGCAGCUCAAAAGUUUCCGUCAGCAAGCCCACACGCGUUCGUGGUCCUCUUGGUUAUUGUGUUUGCUCGUUGGUUGGUUGCGGAGAAGCGUGUUCAUUUGCUGUUGAUCAAAAUGGUAAUGGUUAUUCUUGGGGUAUGGGUAGCAAUCAUCAGCUUGGUCACGGAUCUGGUGAUGAUGAUUGCUGGGAACCAGAAUUAAUAGUAGGGAAACAACUAGAAAACCGUCGUAUUUUGAUGGUUGACGCUGGUGGUCAGCAUACUCUCAUACUGGCAUGUCCAACUGUUCCCCCAGGCAAAUUAAGUCUUGACGUAGAUGUUCUAAUGCACAACACCAGUCAGCACUCAAAUGGUACAAAUAAUUCUCCUAUAGUUAAUAAUCACAAUUGUGAAGCUCAAAAACUGGAUUCUAUCCCUUCCUCUGGUCAUACGGUUGAACCGCAACAACAGGAGGAACAACAAGAUGUUGAAUUAUCCCCUAAAGCUAUGAAAUUAUCAGAUGCAAGUGCUGAUACAUCAUCCGAGCGUAUAUUAAUUCCACCUAUCGGAUCUGGUGCUCCACAAAGUAAACGAAACCGUCGUUCAAGUCCCUCAUCAAUAGCGGGUAGUACAGGGACUACAUUACUUACACCAAUGGGAUUAAGUUGUGAUAGUACAACUGGUAGUACGGCAGGGGCUACAUUCAACAGUAGUGUUCAUAGUUCAGCUGUUUCAGAUACUUGCUCUGUUGGAUCUUGUGCAUCAACCAGUAGUACAAGUAGUCAACUAAAUAGUGCUAAAAGUACUGAUGGUGGUGGGAGUAGUCGGUAUAGUUCUUUUGAUAACUACAGUUUGCAGAGCAGUUUAUUGUUUUUGCCGUCGGGAGAGGAAAAGUCUCUUAAAGAUGCGUGAUGCCCGUCGAUUAUUUACUUUACGAAGAUUGUUUACCUAAUUAUUGUCAUUUAUACUUACCUUGUUCUUUACGUAGGUCCUUCAUAAUACAUUAUGUAACUCAUUAUUUUUCAAAACUGCUCAAUUAAUUGCACUCUCAGUAAUGAGUUAAGCGUGUUACAUUUGUUUCGUCGCCGAUCGCUUUUUUUGGAAGACUUUCAUAUCAGUCUUGUUUUUGUCAAAUAAUGAUUACAGUAAUGAAGAAUAGGUGAAGUUUUUUUUCAUAUUUUUUUUCUGCUGUUUCACCGUAUACAUUGUUUGGUGGGGUUUUUUGUAUCUUAGAUAUAUUUGUAAAAUGCAACCCUUAUGGAUAUUUACCGCAAAAAGAAACUGAAAAUUCAAAUGUGUAUUAUCUAACGGUCUAUUGAACCUUUAUAUUUGUGAUUUUAUGUUUAUAUAUGAAAAUGUUACUGUAAUAGUGUCA